AUGCAAGGCAUAAAUGACAAAUUAGUAAGUACACUAGGAAGUACAGUACUAACAGUAUCAAUAGAUAACGAAACAUACGAAACCGAGUUUCAAGUAGUGGAUUCAACAUUUCUUAUAGUGGGUGAUGGAAUAUUGGGAAACCCAUUUCUAAAGGCCAAUAGGAUUAUCAUCGACGUAGGAAAGGAAGAAUUGUCUACCAGGAAUGAAAACUCAAACGUCAUACCAGCUCGUAGUGAACUUAUAAUCCCAGUACAUGUUAACACUAAUGAGUCAUCAAGUCACAAUGUACUUAUCCACGCUCAAGAAUUAAACAAAAAUAUAUUAUGUGGAAAUGUACUUAAUAUUAUAAAAAAUCAACAAGUUCUAAUAAGUGUAAUGAACCCUACAGAAGAACCACAAGAAAUAUUAACACCAAAACUCACGGAUCUAUCUCAUGAAAUACUCGAUACAGUCUCAAUGAACAAUAUGCGUACGGUAGAAAAAUGUAGCAAUCCAGAAAAUCGUAUCCAAAUUUUAAAAGAUUCACUCAGAUGUGACCAUAUGAAUAAUGAAGAAAAAACAACAAUUCAAGAGCUAUGCAGUGAAUAUGCAGACAUAUUCUUUUUAGAAGGAGACACGAUCAACUGUACAGAAGCGGUACAACAUGAAAUAAAAAUACCAAGUGUGUGA